GCUGUGUGUUGGACCACCAGACAUUUCAAGAUGCCGCUGUCACGUUCCUUGUCUAUGACAUCCUUAAGCGGAGUGCUGCCGGCGUGGGAGGAGGAUGAGCUGCCUGUGGAGGACCUGCUGCUCUUUGAGGUGGCCUGGGAGGUCACCAAUAAAGUUGGAGGAAUCUACACAGUGAUCCAGACCAAGGCCAAGAUCACAGUGGAUGAAUGGGGGGAGAAUUACUACAUGAUGGGGCCAUACUUUGAACACAACUUCAAGACCCAGGUGGAGGCCUGCGAACCGCCCAACCCAGCCAUCAGGAAGGCCAUGGACGCUCUCAUCCACAACGGCUGCCAGGUUCAUUUUGGCCGCUGGCUGAUCGAGGGCAGUCCCUAUGUGAUCCUGUUUGACAUCGGCUCUGCAGCCUGGAACCUGGACCGCUGGAAGGGAGACCUGUGGCACACCUGCAACAUCGGCCUGCCGUACGAUGACCGAGAGGCCAACGACUCACUCAUCCUGGGCUCCCUGAUCGCCUGGUUCUUCAAAGAGUUAACAGAUCAUCUCGGAGACAAGCCAAAUGUCAUUGGUCAUUUCCAUGAGUGGCAAGCAGGUCCGGGGCUUAUUCUGUGUCGCUCCCGCAAGAUUCCCAUGGCAACAGUCUUCACUACACAUGCCACCCUGCUGGGACGAUACCUCUGCGCUGGGAAAGAGGACUUUUACAACAACCUGGACAAGUUCGACAUUGACAAGGAGGCGGGUGAGAGACAGAUCUACCAUCGCUACUGCCUGGAGAGAGCGGCGGUCCACUGUGCUCAUGUCUUCACCACAGUGUCCCAGAUCACUGCUGUGGAAGCCAAUCACAUGCUGCACAGGAAGCCAGAUGUGGUGACUCCCAAUGGGUUGAAUGUGAAGAAGUUCUCGGCCAUGCAUGAGUUUCAGAACCUGCACUCCACCAGAAAGGUCCGCAUCCAGGAGUUUGUCAGAGGACACUUCUAUGGUCAUCUGGACUUCAACCUGGAGAAAACCCUUUUCUUCUUCAUCGCCGGACGCUACGAAUUCUCCAACAAGGGGGCUGAUAUUUUCCUUGAAUCACUGUCUAGACUUAACUACCUGCUGCGGGUCCACAGAAAUGAUGUGACAGUGGUCGUUUUCUUCAUUAUGCCAGCUCAAACCAACAACUUCAAUGUGGAGUCACUGAAGGGGCAGGCAGUACGCAAACAGCUCUGGGAUACAGCUCACACUGUGAAGGAGAAGUUUGGAGAAAAGCUGUAUGAUGCUCUGUUAAAAGGGCAGAUCCCUGAUAUGAACACCAUUCUGGACCGAGACGACUUUACCAUUAUGAAGAGAGCCAUCUACGCCACUCAGAGACACAGCCUCCCUCCGGUGACCACUCACAACAUGCUGGACGACUCAACCGAUCCCAUCCUGAGCAACGUCAGACGCAUCGGCCUCUUCAACUCCAGGAACGACCGCGUGAAGGUUAUCUUCCACCCCGAGUUCCUGUCCUCCACCAGUCCUCUGCUGCCAAUGGACUAUGAGGACUUUGUCCGUGGCUGUAAUCUUGGAGUGUUUCCCUCCUACUAUGAGCCCUGGGGAUACACACCUGGUGAAUGUACUGUAAUGGGCAUUCCCAGUGUGACCACCAACCUGUCAGGUUUCGGUUGCUUCAUGGAGGAGCAUAUCUCAGACCCUGCUGCGUAUGGUAUCUACAUCGUGGACCGGCGGUUCCGUUCGCCCGAGGAGUCUUGUAACCAGCUGACGCAGUUCAUGUUCAGUUUCUGCCAGCAGUCUCGGCGCCAGCGCAUCAUCCAGCGCAACAGAACUGAGAGGCUGUCUGACCUGUUGGACUGGAGAUACCUGGGACGGUUCUACAUACACGCCCGGCACCUCGCACUCAGCAGAGCUUUCCCUGACAAGUUCACCGUGGACCCCCUGGCCCCUCCGAAGACGGAGGGUUUCCGCUACCCCCGGCCUCACUCGGUGCCUCCCUCUCCCUCUACCUCCGUCCACUCCACCCCCCACCACAGCGAUGUGGAGGACGAUGAUGACGAGCCCUACGAUGAAGACGAGGAGGCUGAGAGGGACCGGCUGAACAUCAAGGCUCCAUUCGUCCUGGGCGCCGUGCCGGAGGGCAAGAAGAAGCAACCAGGAGAGUCAGGAAACUGAGACUUUCAUCAUCUGAUAUACACCAGUGAAGAAGAAGUUCAGCUCCACUCUCAUACUCUCAUCACCUGCCAUACUCACACCUCUGCUACACAUCCAAACCCUAAAACUCCUCAUCACCUUAACUCAAGGUUUCUUUCAAGUUUGUGGAUUUGUGAGGAAAUAAAGUCCUUAAAAGUG